AUCAAAGAGCUAGUGGAUACGAAAUACCUAAAUACUAGAAGCUCUUAGUAGACAUUUUUUUUUGCCUAAAUGCCAUUUUGAACGCACCCUAAUUGUGGAGUUCAGAGGGACAACAGAGGGAGAAGCAUGGCUGCUCUUAGAAGGCUGCAGAAUGUUCUCACUCAUUCAGCACAGCCCUCUUAUCUCUUUCGCUCUCGAAGAGGCAUCGCUUCCAAGCUCUUUGUCGGAGGGAUUUCAUUUUACACCACAGAAAAGGUGUUGUCAGAAGCAUUUUCUCAGUUUGGCCAAGUCAUUGAAGCUAAAAUAGUCACUAAUAGAACCUCAGAAAAAUCAAAGGGGUUUGGGUUUGUCACUUAUGCAUCACAAGAUGAAGCAGAUAGAGCCCUGAGAGAGAUGAAUGGGAAGAUUUCCAGGUCAUGUUGGUACUAAACGGUGGUGUCAGAGAAGCAGGCAAAAGCCGCUACGUUCCCGGAAUUGCAUCCAUAGACCGAUCAUUGCGUGACGUCCGCCGCCGGAACUUUUUCGUGAAAUUUUCUGCCGAACUGUCGUAAAAUCCGCUGCCGCUGCCGCUGCCGUCGAAGUUUGUUGGCACCACCAACGAAUUGUUUUGGUUGUGCAAGGGAACUACGGGGCGAUUGACAUUGCGAGUGCCUCUACAUGGGCGUGUUAUCUUUGUUGACCAUGCGAAACCCAAGACUUUUGGUGGUGAUGGCAUGCUAGUAGCCAGAGGACCUCCAGCAAAGAAGAACAACACUGAAGCAGGAAUCGGAACAGUUGCUGAAGAAGAAAUUCUUCAUACUGUCACUGAAGAAGGAAUUGGAAGUCCAAGAUGAGACUGUCUGCAUGUUAGCUUAUAUACAGUAGUAGCACUACAACUAUUCUACUAAGUAAUGAUUAUUUUUCUUCAUUAGAGUAAAGCUGCACAUACUAGAAGAAUGAUGCUUGAAGUUUGUAGAAACGAGUUUCUCCUACCACUAACAUAUGGGAGAGUGUAGGAUUCAAAAUCUAUAUAAAAAAGCAUUGAUUAUAUUCCAUUUUUCUUUCCAUUUGAAAAGUUAACACCGA